AUGAGUUCAACUAACUCAAGGAUAGCUAAUGAAAAACUUUCGAUGUCUGUUCAGAGUAACGAUAAAAAUGGUUUGGGGCCUAAAAAACCUUUAAAAGGGAAGUUUCAGGCUUCUAUUGGAGCGGAUGAGUUUUUCAGUGCUGAGACAUGGAAAGCAGCUUUGACAGAAUUAGUGGCAACUGCCUCUCUAAUGGUGACCUUGUCUACUUCCAUUAUUGCAUGCUUGGACUCACAUGAAGUUGAUCCUAAGCUUAUAAUUCCCUUUGCAGUUUUCAUCAAUGCAUUCUUGUUCUUAAUGGCCACAGUUCCUCUAUCUGGUGGCCACAUGAGCCCUGUUUUCACAUGCAUAGCUGCACUUAAAGGUGUUGUAACACUUUACCGUGCCCUCCUUUAUGUGAUAGCACAAUGCAUUGGCUCAAUAAUUGGUUUCUAUAUACUAAAGUGUGUGAUGGAACCAAGAUUAGUAAACACAUAUUCAUUAGGAGGUUGUGCUAUUGGUGGCAAAGGACUUACUUCUAGUAUUAAUCAGUAUGAAGCCUUGUUAUUGGAAAUCUCUUGCACAUUUUUGGUACUUUUUUUAGGUGUCACAUUGGCUUUUGACAAAAAAAGGUCAAAGAAUAUGGGCUUACCAAUGGUAUGUUUGGUGAUAGCUGGGGCCAUGGCGUUGGCAGUAUUUGUGUCGAUAACGAUAACGGGUCGGCCCGGUUAUGCCGGUGUUGGGCUUAAUCCGGCGAGAUGCUUAGGCGCGGCGUUGCUACAUGGGGGUUCGUUAUGGUAUGGACAUUGGGUUUUUUGGGUUGGGUCUAUCAUAGCUUGUUUAAUCUAUUACAGUGUCUCUAUCAACCUGCCAAACGAGGGUUCAAUUUCGGAUGAUGGAGAAUAUGUUGUCUUAAAGUUGGCUCGUGGUUCUCUUGAUACUAUUCGUCAUGGUGAUAUUUCAAAUGAUGUCACAAUAGAACGAAGUGACUUUCAAGAAUAUUUAUCGUGUACUACAUAA